UCAGUACAGACUUAAACCAGACGCACAGAUCUCGUGCCGAGAAGCGCACGCGCCUACGCUACGUCCUCCAAGCUUUUAAUAUUACGCUCGGAGAUCGAUAUAAAAUUAAUACAAACACCAGCUAAUAUUGUUUACAUUUCGGAAUAGUGAACAAGAGAGUGAUCUAAUUGCGGUUGUAUUGUGGUAAUUGGUAUUAGAGUGGUAUAAAACCUAUUGAUAGAGAUUAUAGUUCAUAGUUUCAUGUGGUUCUUUGUGAGUGGUCGGUGAUUGUGAAAUGGGUACUGUCAGGAGUAAGUUGGCUCAUUGUUGCUCCCAAUGUAGCUCGUGUUGUGGGUUCCGUAAAUCGGAUUCGUAUGACCUCAAAGAACUGCCGCGACCGCCUCCAUGGAAUACUCCUAACAGAGAAGAUGUCGUCGACGCAACGAGGCAAGGCGUGCUUGCGGUGCAGGGAAUUGAUUUCUGUAUCGAUACGAAUGGCGAGAACCAUCACACGAACAAGUUUAACCUGAUGACGAGGAGCGUCGACCGAUGCCUGGUGGUGCGGCGAGGCCAGGCCUUCAAAUUGGAUAUACUACUGAACAGGCCUUACGAUGCCAGUAAAGACGCUGUUUCCUUUAUCUUUUACGUUGCUGACGUAGAAUCUCGAGGACCGUCCGAUGAGACGUCAGCUGCUGUACCGUUACUAGAAAAAGGGUCGGAGACUUUUGGAGCGUGGACCGCGACGUACGAGGGUCAGAUUGACUCUCAUCUCAUGGUAGCAGUGACUCCUGCAGCUGACUGCAUUGUUGCCGCUUGGAAGCUCGACGUAGAUACAAGACUUAGUGAAGGCAGUUCUCUCAGUUACAGACAUCCUUUACCUAUCUACGUCCUUUUUAAUCCUUGGUGCUUAACCGACAGUGUCUAUAUGCCAGGUCACAGCCAUCGUGACGAGUUCGUGUUAGAGGACGGAGGACUAAUGUUUAGAGGAGUGUACAACCGUAUCAAACCCUCACCAUGGAACUACGCUCAGUACGAGAAAGAUAUAUUAGACUGCGCGCUUUAUCUAGUCAGAGAAAUUGGAAAGGUCAAAGGUCGUGCAAGAAGCGACCCUAUUAGGACAUGUAGAGCACUAUCAGCUGCGAUAAACGCACAAGAUGACAACGGUGUUAUUAUCGGCAACUGGGCAGCAGAUCUGUCAGACUACAGUGGAGGCACUCAUCCCUUGAAGUGGGUCGGCUCAUUAAACAUUCUGCAGAGCUACUAUGAGAAGAAAAAGCCAGUCAAAUAUGGACAGUGUUGGGUGUACGCUGGUGUAUUGACCACAGUUUGUCGAGCCUUGGGAAUUCCCUGCCGGCCAGUCUCAGGAUUCAAUGCUGCUCACGACAGUCAAGGAAGCCUAACCAUUGAUGUCAUUAUGGAUGAUCAAGGAAGUCAGCUUGAAGAAUACACCAAAGACUCUAUUUGGAACUAUCACGUUUGGAAUGAGGUAUGGAUGGAACGUCCAGAUCUCGGUCCAGAGUAUGGUGGCUGGCAAGCUCUGGACGCGACUCCACAGGAGGAAUCUGAAGACAUGUUCCGUUGUGGCCCAUCGUCACUAAGAGCAGUCCGGGAUGGAGAGCUGCAGAGACCUUAUGAUACAUCUUACGUCUUCGCAGAAGUUAAUGCUGACAAGGUGCUAUGGAAAUACUCUGGAGAGAUUCAGCCACUAAAAUUAAUGCAACGAGACACUGAAUCGAUCGGUCAAAACAUUUCAACAAAAGCUAUAGGAAAGAUGGAACGUGAGGACAUUACACACACAUACAAAUAUCCCGAACGAAGUCGCGAAGAACGUAUGACUAUGGAGAAGGCACUGCGAAAAUCUGAAAGCAUUUUUGCGAGGUACUACCUCAACGAUGCUUUCAAUGACGUCACCUUCGACUUUGAUCUUCUGGAUGACAUAAAGAUUGGCCAAGACUUCAAUGUGGUUUUACACAUCAAAAACCGUUCAAGUUCGGACUCUCAUCAGGUAAAGGGUAUCCUUCGUGUAGACACAGUGACGUACAGAGGAAAUACAGGGGAAGGAGUGAAGAGAUCAGAAUUUGAUCUUAACCUCAAACCUGAAAGCAAGGAAGACAUCAAGAUGCUGGUCACUUUUGAUGAAUAUUACAAGAAGCUCGUUGAUCAGGCUUCCUUCAACAUUGCUUGCUUAGCAACAAUCGUCGACACAAAAUUCGACUUCUUUGCACAAGAUGACUUCAGAGUUCGAAACCCUGACAUCAAAAUCAGUAUUGAUGGGAAACCAGUGUCACAUCAAGAGUUCACUGUCAAUGUUAAAGUGGAGAAUUCCUUGCCCAUUCCACUUACUAAGGGCAAGUUCUAUAUCCAAGGUCCAGGCCUUGAUGAACAACUUAAGAUUCAAUUAAAUGAGAAUGUGGCGCCAGGAGCGUUUGCGACUGCUCAAUUCAAGCUGACACCACCGUGGGCAGGUCGCCACCAGAUUUCUGCCAAGUUUACAUCAAAGGAAAUGCGAGACAUUGAUGGAUUCUUGUCCUUGAUGGUAGCAAUGCCUGCUCCUGCGACAAACGGCCUACCGCGUGAUUAAAUCAAGUGUCAUGAAAUCUAGAUAGAAGUUUGAGUUAUAAAUAGAAAAAUAGGAUAACCAUUACUGAAAAGUAUUUCCUUACAUUAUUUAGUCCUAGACUGCAUUUUACGUCUUUGGACCUUCUUGUAAUGCUUAGUCUGUCAUCGCUAACUUUAUCAAGACUCGACUUAUUUAUUUUUCACUACGCCUUAGCUUUAUCUAUUAUUUAAGAUACUAGAUAUAAAUAUUUGUUAUUUUAAGAAAACACUCGUAUUGAUGCUGUAUGUACUCUCAUAUUUUUGUCUCUAAUUUCUUAUAUUUUGAAAGUGGCCUUAGUAAUGUUCUACUUAUUAAAAUUAUUUAUUUUUACUUAGAGCAAGAGAUUGAAUCUAUUUCUAGUAAGGAUAAAAGCCGUCUCAGUUAUUAAUAUUUUAUUUUAUACCAGUAUAACUAUACUACGUAAUAAUAGAGUUAUGUGUUAUUUUAAAAUUAGCUAAUAUUUCAGUACCUAUCUAUUAUUGCAAUAUUAAGUAUUUUAUAAGUAUGAUAAAACUGUUGACUGCCAAAAUUGGUGCUCUAAUAUAAUUUUAUACAAUGCAAGUAAAAUAAAACAAUCGAUCAAAC